UCCAAGUCUGUUGCGUUUCCAUUGUGAACUCUCCCUCUCUCUCUUUUUUUUGGGGGGGAAGAAAUAACAACACCGUGGACAUGAUGGGUAACAAAGAGCGACGAGGCGUGAAUUUCAAAGGCUUGCUGAAGAGGAACUGGCUCCUGAUUGCCACGAUUCUAGCGGUGCUGCUCGGGAUCAGUUUGGGCGUCGUGGUCAGGGAGUAUGCAUCCCUCUCCCACCUCCACAAGCAGUAUUUUGGCUUCCCAGGAGAGAUCCUCAUGAGAAUGCUGAAGCUUGUCAUCCUCCCGCUCAUCAUUUCAAGCAUGAUAACAGGGGUUGCAGCCCUGGACUCUGAGGUAUCAGGAAAAAUAGGUCUGCGAGCUGUUAUUUAUUACUUCUCAACAACCAUCAUUGCAGUUAUUCUUGGGAUUAUUUUGGUGAUGACUAUCAAACCGGGAAUCUCUCAGACAGCUGACCACAUUGACAGAGCCGGGACCACGCCCAACGUCACAACAGUUGACACACUCUUGGACCUCCUCAGAAACAUGUUCCCUGAAAAUCUGGUGCAGGCUUGUUUUCAGCAGUACAAGACCAAACGCAAAGAGCUGGAGCCUCUGAAAGUUUCAGCCAACACCACUAUAAUUCCACCUCUUGCAACUACCAUCAUGUCAGUGGUAGAGAACAUAACCAAGGAAUAUAAAAUCAUCGGAUCGUAUUCGGAUGGAAUCAACGUAUUGGGGCUUAUCGUGUUCUGUGUUGCUUUUGGCCUUGUCAUUGGCAAGAUGGGAGAAAAGGGGCGUAUCCUCCUGGAAUUUUUUGAUGCGCUGAACGAAGCAACAAUGAGACUGGUCCAGAUCAUUAUGUGCUACAUGCCAAUAGGGAUCCUGUUCCUAAUUGCAGCUAAGAUCAUCGAGGUUGAAGACUGGGAGAUCUUCAAGAAGAUGGGUCUUUAUAUGGUGACGGUGCUGAGUGGGCUAGCUAUCCACGCCACCAUCUGUCUGCCAUUGAUCUACUUUGUGAUUGUGAGGAAGAACCCGUAUACAUUCACAUUGGGAAUGGCUCAGGCCCUGGUGACAGCACUCAUGAUCUCCUCCAGCUCUGCAACUCUGCCCGUCACCUUUCGAUGUGCCGAGGAGAACAAUCGCAUCGACAAGCGGAUCACCCGUUUCGUCCUCCCAGUGGGUGCCACCAUUAACAUGGACGGGACUGCGCUUUAUGAGGCGGUGGCCGCCAUCUUUAUCGCCCAGCUGAAUGACUACGCUCUGGAUGUGGGCCAGAUUGUAACUAUUAGUAUAACAGCAACAGUUGCCAGUAUUGGAGCAGCAGGAGUCCCGAACGCUGGGCUCGUCACCAUGGUGAUAGUCUUAACAGCUGUUGGAUUACCUGCAAAUGAUGUCACUCUGAUAGUCGCUGUGGAUUGGCUUCUGGACCGGUUCCGUACAAUGAUCAACGUCCUUGGCGAUGCUUACGGAGCCGCUAUCGUCCAGAAACUAUCCAAGAGGGAACUGGAGAGGAUGGAUCUGUCAUCAGACGUGGACGUCGCCAACCCCUUCGCUCUGGAAGCCACUUUGGAUGACGAAGAGUGCGAGAAGAAAUCCUAUGUCAAUGGAGGUUUUACUGUCGACAAGACAGAUGCAAUCUCCUUUACUGAAACCUCUCAGUUUUAGCCUGUGGCUGGCUCCGAGGAGCAGAGAAAGUGCCAUGCUGCUAUGGAUGUAAAACGGAAAACCUUCCAUCAUGUAUCAGCACCAUGACGAGAGAGGAAAACUAUUCAACCAGUGCCAUCCAAGUUCAGACAUCAGCAAUAGCAGCCUCCCUUAAGCUUAUCCAAGAUGAUCACCCUUCAUGUCGGACAUUUACAACCACGACUAGAUUAAAGUGCUUCCUUCUUACACUCAAAUUGUGCCAAUAUAAAAAAAAAAAAAAAAAGUAUUUUCUUUUGAAUAAGAGUGUGUUAUUUCUUGCAAAGAUGCACUCAAAAGAAGAGCUGUUGUGUGUUUUGGAUGUAUCUGGAGUGUUUGUAUGUAUUUUGCAAAAAAGGAAAAAAAUUGGUAAAUUUAACAAGAGUAAAAAAAAACACUAACUUUGAGUUUGAACUCUAACAUGUCUGAAUGAUCUUUUUUUGCGUGGGUGUUGUUGAAAUUCUAUGUCCCAUACUGCACUGCUUGUAUAUCUAUCUGUAUAUUUAAACUGUGCCAAACAUAUAAAGAGGUUUUCCACAGAGUUGCAUGAAGCAAUAUGUUAAAGAAAUGCUAAUCGCUGACUGCAGACUGGUUUUUUUUAUGGAGACUUCACAGUGACUGGAGAUGGU